AAGGGUCACAGAGUGCGGGUGAUCGGCCCGUCUCUAAGCUCAACAGGUAAAAUUGUUGUAAAAUGAUCUCAAGGGAAGCCCAUGCCCAUCAGAGAGUGAAGGCUCUCCGGUGCGCAGUGCAUAGUUUUUCGGUUUGAUCGAGGAGAGCGGGACCGUAUACUGAGACAAUAUGACCAUAACAUAGCACCCUGCACCUCUCAAUGCAGAGCUCAUGAUUAACCACUAAUCAAAACCAUUUCUGUUACCGACUUGCUUCUUUCUCUUUAAUUUUCGCGGGUCUGCAAUUUCUUCUAUAGAAAAGAAAAAAGAACUUAGUUUCAGUAUUCAAAUCUUUUGCUUAGACCUUGUGGGUUGUUAAAGAAUGGAUUCUGAAUCUACUGAUGCAUCGUCUCGACCUCGUGCCCAAGCUUCUCACCCUGAAAAUCUAUCAUCUCAACCCCCUGCCAAAGUUUCUAAUUCUGAAAACCCAUUCAAACCUUCUAAUAGUGAGUCUCAGUUGCCUGCCAAUGCCGAGCCUGCUGCAAACACUGCCAGUAGGGCUGAUGAUAAGGUGGGUGAAACACCUUCUUCAGGCAUAUCAUCUCACAGUAGAGGUUCAAACCUGCCACAGCCAACACGACCACUAACAGACUCACAAACUGGAAGUUUUGGGUCUACAUUUGCUCGUUUGACUAGUGGCCUUGGAUUAAAUUUUUCUUCAAUAGCUCCAGGACUAAACGAGAGUUCUCAAGGCAGUAUAUCAUCUGCACAAACUGGUGUUCUCGAAUCUUUAACUAAAGGAUUGGUUGAUUCAUCUCGAAGUGCUGUGAAGGCUGUGCAGGUCAAGGCACGUCAUGUAGUAUCUCAAAAUAAACGUAGAUACCAGGAGGGAGGAUAUGAUUUGGAUAUGGCUUAUAUCACUGAAAAUAUAAUUGCUAUGGGAUUUCCUGCGGGGGAUUUAAGCUCUGGGCUAUUUGGUUUCUUUGAGGGAUUCUAUCGAAAUCACAUGGAAGAAGUGAUCAAUUUCUUUGAGACUCAUCAUAAGGGAAAAUACAAAGUGUACAAUCUUUGUUCUGAGAGAUUGUAUGACGCGUCGAAGUUUGAGGGAAAGGUAGCAUGCUUCCCAUUUGAUGACCAUAAUUGUCCUCCCUUGCAUCUCAUAACAGCAUUCUGUUUAAGUUCAUUCUCAUGGUUGAAGGAGGACAUUCAAAAUGUGGUGGUAGUACAUUGCAAAGCUGGUAUGGGCAGGACAGGUGUAAUGAUAUGUAGCCUUCUUCUUUUUCUGAAGUUCUUCCCAACUGCCGAUCAAGCCAUUGAUUACUUCAACCAGAAAAGAUGCGUGGACGGAAAGGCUCUGGUUCUCCCAAGUCAGAUUAGGUAUGUCAAAUACUUUGAUCGUAUCUUAACCUACUUCAAUGGAGAAAAUCAGCCUGGACGAAGGUGCAUGCUUAGAGGAUUUCGGCUUCACAAAUGUCCUUAUUGGAUAAGACCCUCUAUCACCAUCUCUAAUCAUAGUGGGGUUCUGUUCUCAACAAAAAAUCAUCCCAAAACAAAGGAUUUAAUGCCAGAAGAUUUCUGGAUUAGAGCCCCAAAGAAAGGGAUCGUGGUGUUUGCUCUACCAGGGGAGCCAGGCCUGACAGAAUUGGUUGGGGACUUCAAAAUCCACUUUCAUGAUCGCCAUGGAGAUUUCUACUGUUGGUUAAAUACCACGAUGACAGAGAAUAGAAAAAUACUAGAUACAUCUGAUCUUGAUGGUUUUGACAAGAGAAAACUGCCUUCGCCAGGGUUCCAAAUUGAAGUUGUGAUGAUCGACUAUGAUGGUACUUCACCAGCAAGGUCAAAAGUUGAUUCUUUGAACAAGGGAUCUGAUAGUACUAGAAAUUCAGAAUAUGGUCCCAAGCCAAGCAGUAGAGUUACAGUUUCCAAUCAAAGAAAAGUCUCCGAGAAUGAAGAUGAUGUAUUCUCGGACAGUGAGGGAGAAGAAAGUAGUGCUCCCAAAAGCAGGCAAGCUACUGCAUCCGGAGUUGGAUCCACUCAAUCUGAUCAUACAUCUAACAUCACAGCAGAGCAAAUGAGGAGCUUAACACAUGGAACUGAGCAAAUGUCACUUGGGAGUCGUGAAUCUUCACAUUUUAAUGCUUCCAAGGGACCAAGUAGAGAUGGAAAUGAGAAACCUCCCUCAGGCCAUGGAAUACGGAAUCUAGACUCUGUAGGGGCGAGCGAUAUUAAGGCAAUUGCUGCUGAUGCUUCAGUUUUCUCAUUUGGAGACGAAGAAGAUUAUGAAAGUGAAUGAAGAAUUGGGAUUUAAUGCUUCAGUUUUAUCACUUGCACUUAGCCCUUUGAGAGCAAAUGGCACUAUUUAGUUAAUGGGAUGUUAAUUGAAUUUAUUCCUUUUAUUUGUUAUUCGUUGCAGCAGAAAAGAUUUAUGCCAUUUUCUGAACUGUUCUACCAUCUGUCAAUCCCUUCUGCUUCCUCCUUAUAUGAUGAAGCUUAUUUGUAUUCGAACCACAAACCCUAUGGAAUAUUUGAUUUUUCUCGGACUUCGAAUGGAAUGUGAAUAGAAAUGGAUCCUAUCAAGACAUUCUAUUCCUUUUUCUGCAUGCAAUA